CCAACAUCAUCCAGCUGCUGACUGGAGAGGUUGCCAUAAGGACUCAUCAUGUUUCCAUCUAUUUUUCCUUGGACGAGUGGGACUAUAUAAAAGGAAACAAGGACCUUUAUGAGGAAGGGAUGAAGGAGGAUCCACGGCAGCUCCCACCACUGGAUAAUGAUGAAGAGAUUGUUAUUAAACCUAAUGUGGAAGUUACGUUAUGCUGUGAUAAUGAGCCAAGCAAGACUGGGACUGAAGGAGCAGAUUUUUGUGCCAACGGAAAUCUCACAUACCCUGAAAUUCCUCCAAUGGAACAGCCCCCACCAGCCAAUGGAAUUAAAGAGGAAGUGGCUUCACAUGAAGAGGGAAACCAAUCAGAUUGCAGCAUUAAGCCACUUACAGAACAGAUACAGGGAACAGAUACACCUGGAUGCAGUCUUAGUGAUACUUUGCCAGAAGCCCAAAACUAUGGAAGAAUAUAUAAUAAUAGAAAAAGAACGUUUAAGUUCCAGGGGAAAUAUGAAUAUUCCAAGUGUCACAGAAAGUUUAGUAGUAAAAAAACAUUUACCAGGCAUCAAAGAAGAAACUACAACAAAGAAAAAGGGGUUUCUUCAUCUAGUGAUGGGAAAUUAAUGGCAGAUCCCUCAAAUCUUACGGGACAUAAAAGCAGUGGAGACCAAUCAUUUACUUGUGCCGAAUGUGGGAAAAGUUUUACUCGUAAGGGUAGUCUUAAGGUCCAUCUUCGGAGUCACACAGGAGAGACUCCAUUUUCUUGUUCUCAGUGUGGGAAACACUUUAAGCGACUAUCACACCUUACAGUACAUAACAGAAUUCACACGGGAGAGAAACCAUUUACUUGUACUGAGUGCGGGAAACACUUUAAGCGACUAUCAAACCUUACAGUACAUAAUAGAAUUCACACGGGAGAGAAACCAUUUACUUGUGCCAAAUGUGGAAAAUGUUUUAAUCAUAACUGUAAUCUUAAGGUCCAUCUUCAGAGUCACACAGGAGAGAUUCCAUUUUCUUGUAGUGAGUGCGGGAAACACUUUAAGUGGCUAUCACACCUUAACGUACAUAACAGAAUUCACACUGGAGAGAAACCAUUUACUUGUGCCGAAUGUGGAAAAAGUUUUACUCGUAACUAUAGUCUUAAGGUACAUCUUCAGCGUCACACAGGAGAGACUCCAUUUUCUUGUAGGGAGUGUGGGAAACACUUUAGGCAACUGUCAGACCUCACCAGACAUAACAGAACUCACACAGGAGAGAAACCAUUUUCAUGUUCUGAAUGUGGAAAAUGUUUCACACAGCGUUCAAAACUUCAUCGACAUUUGAAAACUCACACGGGGAUAAGCCACAUUCCUGUUCUAAAUGCGGGAAAUCGUUCAGACAACACUCAUGCCUUUGUAAGCAUUACAAAUGUCACACUGGAGAGAACCUUGGACCUUCAAGUACAUAGCAGGAUUCACAGUGGGGAAAAAGGUUUCGUGUCCUGAAUGUACAUAGAUCACACCUUAAAAGACCUACCGUAUAUACUCGAGUAUAAGCCGACCCGAGUAUAAGCCGAGGUACCUAAUUUUACCUACGAAAACUGGCAAAACUUAUUGACUCUAGUAUAAGCCUAGACACAACUACAGCCCUGUCUCC